AUGGCAGAGAAGGAAGGAGGAAUUGUCAAGAAGGGCCAUGAAGAGGGACUGGCAUUGGCAACUGCGCUGCUCCAGGAGUUUGAUCUUCCUCUAGGGCUCUUGCCCCUUGCCGAUGUGAUCGAAGUGGGCUUUGUGAGGAGCACCGGCUACAUGUGGAUCCUCCAGAAGAAGAAGGUUGAGCACAGCUUCAAAUUGAUCAGUAAGCUUGUGAGUUAUGACACUGAAAUUAAAGGCUACAUUGAAAACAAGAGAAUUAAGAAGCUCAAGGGAGUGAAGGCUAAGGAGCUCAUGCUCUGGCCUCCAGUCAGCGAAAUCAUCGUUGAUCAGCCGACCGGAAAAAUCAACUUCAAGAGCCUUGCCGGCAUUACUAAGACUUUUCCAGUUGAGGCAUUUGCCGCCGGCCAGUAG